AUGGCGGCACUGCAAUGUCGUUUCUCUCUUGGGAGCAUCGUUUGUGGAGCAGCGCCAGAAGACAGAGGUAGGAGAGACUUCAAGCUGUGUUGGCUGGUGGUACUUGGUAGCCUGGUGCUGCGGUGUACCGGCGGCGACCGUGGCAUGCUUAACACUUUGCGUAGGGAGGUGGUGCCGUUGGGCGUCGUGAUGACGUCGACGGAUCGCUGGACUGGUUCUGAUACGUUACGUGGAUGGGUCAGCGACGACACCGUUCGGGCCUGCCAGGGGGCUAUACGGCCCAGUUCCAUCUCGCACAAGGGCUUGGCCCGACACGGUGAGACUCCCUGCCCUGCCCUAUCGCCGCCGCCGGCCGCCAUUGCCAGUAAACCUUCAACCGGUGACUCCCACCGCCCCCAAAGGCCAAAACCUACUCGCCCUACCGCCUCAUCCCCAAACCCUACUACCACCCGGCCCCCUUCGCCGCCGCAGCAGCAGCACGGGAACCUCGCCGCGGACGCCAUGUCGUCGCGGCUGUGCGUGAAGAAUCUGCCCAAGGGCGCCGACGAGAAGCGGCUGCGGGAGGUGUUCUCGCGGAAGGGCGAGGUGACCGACGCCAAAGUCAUCCGAACCAAGUAAGCGCCUGGCCUGG